AUUAUUAACUUCUUCUCCAAACAAGUCCUUAUUUAAAAAGCCCUUCCCCCAAACAAAAUUUCCACAACGAUUAUCUCUCUUCUUUCCUUUUCUUUUUGUUCUCUCUACAUUAAAAAGAACUCCUCAAUUUAUAAGCUGCAAAAAAUUAAGAAAAAAAGAGAACCCUAAUUUCUGCAAUGGCGAGACCUAAUCAAGAAGCAAUCGAGACUUUCAUGAGCAUCACUGGGGCACCCGAAGCGGUUGCCAUGGAGAAGCUUGAGGAGCAUGGUGGUGACCUCAAUGCAGCUGUAAAUGCACAUUUCAGCGAAGGAGAUAGAAACACCAUGCAGCAAACAUCACCUGUAGUUCCUGUAGAUGAUGCCAUGGAUAUAGAUGAUCCAAGUGAUGUUGUACCGAAUAGGCCAGUCCUACCAUCUCUCUCAGCAUCUAGACCAAUAAGUCCGUUCUCACAUCUUGAUCCAAACUUUCAAAGAAGUCUCCUAGAUGGUACUUCUGAUUUUACAAUUCGUGAACCAAUGAUUACACAUCCAAGAGAGGUGAGAGGUGUACCGAUAGAGGUUAAGGAUAGCAAUGAGCCAUCUGGUCAUUCUGGUGAUGCUCCUGUCAUUGAGGAUAUCUCUGAAACUGCACAAGCACAUGGCCCGAAUACCGAUGAGAUUGCUAUAAUUAAUGAAAUGGAUGAGGGUUCAACUGUGCUGCCAAGACCGGAGAACGAUAACUCUUAUGACCAACAUGUUACACCCAGUGCUCCUACCUUUGAUAAUUUGCCUGACUAUGGCAAUGACAUUGAAGAAGAAAUGAUUCAAGCUGCCAUUGAGGCUUCCAAACGGGAUGUUGAGGAGUUAAGUGAUCCUGGUCCUCUGCGUAACCAGUCUCAUUUAGAGGAUGCUGAACUUGCAAAAGCUGUUUCGUUGUCCUUGAGGACAGCGGAGCAAGAGAAGGCAUUGCGUGAACAGGGUUGGCCUGUUGGAGCAUCUGAUGUGGAAGCUUCUAAAGCAGCUGAGGUUCAUCCGGAGAACAUGGCAGCCUCAAAUGGGAGGUUGGGUGAAGGAAGCUCAUCCAUACAAGAUGAAGCUGAUGAUGUGGAGGAACAGCCUCUAGUUAGGCACGGGUCCAGACAGUCGUCAUCUGGCCUGGGGGACUCUGCAAAAGAAGUUGGAGUUGUUGAGGCUAGCCCACCAUCAAGUCCUGGACAGGAAGGCAUAGGCAAUCACCCACCAAACAAUGGGAACGCCUUCCCUUCUGAUGAGUGGGGAGGCAUCUCUUCUGAGGAGCAUGAUGAGGCAGUCAUGCUUGAGGCUGCAAUGUUUGGUGGAAUCCCUGAAAGUGGAUACCGUUAUGCAUAUGCACCUCAUCAGUUCAUGCGACCUGAGGGCUCCUAUCCCUGGCGUACCCCUCGUCCUCCAUCACCCUCGUUGGCAGCUCAACGCUUGAUACGGGAACAGCAAGAUGAUGAGUAUAAUGCAUCGUUGCAAGCUGAUAGAGAAAAAGAGUUGAAGGCAAUUCAAGAAGCUGAAGCUCGCCUUUUAGAGGAGGAAGCAGCUAGAAAAGCUGCUCUUGAAGAAGAACAACGAAGAGAGGAAGAGUUUCACAGGAAAAUGGAGGAGGAACAGGAAUGUGAGAGACAAUUAGCUGCAAAAGAAGCUUCUCUGCCUCAGGAGCCAGCAGCAGAUGAGGAAAAUGCUGUAACCCUUCUUGUGCGAAUGCCAGACGGCAGUCGCAGGGGCCGUCGUUUUGUCAAAUCUGACAGGCUGCAGUCUCUGUAUGACUUCAUUGAUAUUGGUAGAGGAGUCAAGCCAGGCACUUAUAGAUUGGUGAGGCCAUACCCAAGGCGGGCUUUCGGUGAUGGAGAGAGCAGUUUGACAUUUAAUGAACUUGGCUUAACAAGCAAACAAGAAGCCCUAUUUCUGGAGUUGAUCUAAUAGCAUUUAACUCCUACACGGAUGUUGUAGAAAAUUACUCUGAAAAUUUUUAGUUCAUCGAAAAAUGAAGAAAUGCAUGAAGUUUGGAAGUUCUUAAGGUUUUCUGUUCGGUUGAAAUACAUGAAAUUUCAGGAGAGGAUACAAUUAAUCUGACUGACCAUGGUCAGCAUUUGCUUUCGUUGGUGGUGUUCAAUUGAUUGAAAGGGCAUGUUUUGUAUAUAUGUAGUAAUUUACUAUAUUAAAAAGGUAAGAUUACUUCUCAUGAACACCAGAUUAAAUCA